AUGGCGCAAACACGCUUGACCCUAGCCUUGGGCAUCUUCUCUUCUCUGGCAGCCUCCCAGACUCCUGCCGAUGUCAUUCUGUUCGAACAGAUGGCCGAACGCCAUACCGGUGCUCAAACGCAGAACUUGUCUCUCUUUCGCCCGUCUUCUUCGCACUCGAAAGUGAUUAGUCUUGAAGACAUCCUCCCAGUCGCCGAUAGCACCGGCAAUCUUCGAUGCUGCCCUCAGGGCACCGUCAACGAUGGCAAAUCUUGUGUUUUCCUACACAGCGAAGUUUGUCCUCCAGGCACCAACCUAGAAGGCAAUGUUUGCGUUAGUGUUAUUGGACCCAGGUGCCCUGAUAACAUGACCUUCAACGGCCAGGUCUGUAUCAGCAAGUCACCACCAAAUUGCCCUCCCAGCUCUUGGUUCAACGGCCAGGCCUGUGAGUCAGCGGCGGAGGCCGAAUGCCCCCCUGGUUUGAAAUUCUAUAAUGGUGAAUGUAUCUCAACAUCCCGACCCAGCUGCCCGCCAGGAUUUGAAGCCGAAGCACAGCUUUGUGUCUCUAGGACACGUCCAACAUGUCCAGAAGGACUCAAGUUCGACGAUGGAAGCUGUGUGGGGUCACAACCACCUGAAUGUCCGGCCGGAACAAGUCUCAUGAAUGAGCUUUGCUACGGCAAUGGAGCUCCAGCUUGCCAGGCCGGUUAUGUGUUUGAGAAUGGGAAGUGUCUACACAGUUCUAAGCCUCGAUGUCCAGGGGGUUCUACAUUCGAUGGAUCCGCUUGUGUUAGCGAUGAGCCCCCAAGGUGCCGUACCGGGACUCUCAAUGGACAAAUCUGUGAGUCUAAGCCAAACUGUCCGCCUGGCACAUCUUUGAAGAACAAGGAGUGUGUCGAGGAAAGACCUGCAUCUUGUCCUCCUGGCAGGGAAAUCUCCUUUAAUGAGGGUCAAGCAGCAUGCUGCCCCACCGGAUUCAAGCUCAACGAAGGCCGAUGUGCUAAGUCGGCAUACUCUGAGAGCGAAUGCCCCAUUGGAACUCGAUACGAUUCCAUUGCCAAAGAAUACGCCACCUGA